AUGCACCAAGAGAGCAAAAUGGAAGAACGCAGGACGAACGAGAGGAAGAAGUCUAAGAACGGAUCUGCCAAACUUGACAGGGACUCCACAGUGAUGGACAAAGAUUCAGCAAAGGCCACAGUUCUUCAAAAGGAGGUGGGCCUGCUAAGUGCCGUCUGUCUAAUAGUGGGCACCAUGAUCGGUUCAGGCAUAUUCAUCUCCCCUAAAGCGGUCCUGCUCAACUCAGGAGAUGUGGGUCCCUGCCUCCUCAUAUGGGCUGCUUGUGGCGUAUUAGCCAUACUGGGAGCACUGUGCUAUGCAGAGCUGGGCACGAUGAUCCCAAAAUCCGGAGGGGAGUAUUCUUAUCUGAUGGAGGCCUUUGGCUCCCCAGUGGCCUACCUUUACUCGUGGACCACUGUGAUGGUGUCCAAGCCCUCUGCUUUUGCCAUCAUCACACUGAGCUUCGCAGAAUAUGCCUCAGCUCCUUUUUAUCCUGAAUGCAGCCCUCCUAUGGUUGUUACCAAGUGUUUAGCUGCUGCAGCCAUAGUUUUCAUUGUGACCAUCAACUGCUUCAGUGUCAAACUAGCGAGUUACGUACAAAACAUCUUCACUGGAGCCAAACUCUUAAUUAUAGUCAUCAUAGUGGGAGCUGGAAUUGUUUUAUUGGCGCAAGGAAAUACAGAAAACCUGUCAAAUGCAUUUGAUAGCCAGUCAGUAUCUGCUGGAGGAAUUGGACUUGCAUUUUAUAAUGGACUCUGGGCAUAUGAUGGAUGGAGCCAACUGAAUUUCAUCACAGAGGAGCUGAAAAACCCUUUUAGGAACCUUCCAUUAGCCAUCCUCAUUGGGAUCCCGCUAGUGUCCGUUUGCUAUGUGAUGGUCAACAUAGCUUAUUUUACCGUCAUGACACCAAAUGAACUUCUGUCAUCCCCCGCUGUAGCUGUGACAUUUGGAAACAAAGUCCUUCACCCAAUGUCUUGGAUUGUUCCACUUUUUGUCGUCUUUUCCACAUUUGGAUCAGCCAAUGGAAGCUGUUUCACUGCCGGCAGGUUGGCCUAUGUUAGUGGCCGAGAAGGUCACAUGGUAAAAAUUUUAUCGUUUAUUAGUCUGAGGCGCUUAACCCCAGCCCCAGCUCUCAUGUUCAAUGGUUUUCUAGCUAUGUUAUACAUAAUUCCAGCAGACAUCAACACCCUCAUCAACUACUUCAGCUUUGCUCAGUGGUUUUUCUACGGCCUGACUAUUUCGUCCCUUAUCGUCAUGCGUUUCACCAGGAAGGAGUUGAAAAGACCAGUCAAGGUUCCCAUUAUAAUAGCUGUCCUAAUGGUACUCAUAUCUUGCUACCUGGUGCUGGCCCCGAUCGUUGACAAUCCUGAAAUAGAAUACCUCUACAGUUCUUUGUUUAUCCUCAGUGGGCUCCUCCUGUACUACCCUUUUGUCCACCUGAAAGUCAAGUGGGCACGUAAUCUCAUGAGGCCCAUCACCGUGCAUUUGCAGCUCUUGAUGGAAGUUGUUCCUCCUGAUAAAUGUGAAUUAUGA